AUGGUCGAGGAGGGCUCAUAUUCGAUCAAGCAGGAGUUCCAGCUCGGACAGAGCCUCUACAGCAAGCUGGAGGACUCGGACCUCUCCGGAAGUGACCCGGCAUAUCAGGCCGAUGUCGAUCGCGCCGUUCUUGCCUUCCAGCGCUGUCUUCGACUGGCGGCCGAUCUCCGGAUGUUCAGCGACAAUGAGAUCCUGGAAGACAUUUCCACAACCAAUCUGCGGUUCCUGCUUUCGGAAUUUUAUCUCGGAGAAGUGCUGAUGAAGCGGAUCUCGGACGACCGCCUUGUGGUCUUGGAGGCGGCCGAGCGGCACCUCCGGAACUUUUUGAGCAUAUGCCAGACCCACGAGAUUCUGAAGAAAGAGGACGAACGCCAUCUCGAGAUCCAGCUCAAGGGCGGCAUCUCUGACCUCGCCAAGCGGCGGGAGGACAAGAUGGCCCGAUACAAGCGAGAAAAGGCAACGAAGCAGAGGCUCAUGGAGCUCAACCAACAGAUCGCAACCUCGGCCAAGAACAACUCCCAUGAGGUGGAAGGCAUCGACGAGGACCUGGACCGCGAGAUCAUCCUCACGACCAUGGAUCUGGGCAUCCAGCAAUCCAUCACAAGCAUCCCCAUGAUCGUGGACGAGAGGAAGAUGGUGGAGGAGUCUCAAAGGACCAAGGAACGACUGGCGGCUGCCCAGGCCGAUCCAGAUGCGCUCUCCACCCGGGUUGAGCAGAUCAGUCUCUCCAGCGCAUCUGGGCCGCUGCUCUCGAAGGAAGGGAAGGUUAUGCGUCCCUUUGUCAUCACCAACCAACGCCAGGACAUUCUCGAUCGGGUCUUCCGACCCGGCCACAACCUGCCGACCAUGACCAUCGACGAAUAUCUGGAGCGAGAGCGCGAACGAGGCAACAUUAUCUCCGGCGGCGGUGAGAAGCCCGAGAAGAAGCCAGAUGACGAGGAUGAAGAGGCCACCAUUGAUGCGGCGACCAUGAAAGCCAGGGCCUGGGACGACUUCAAGGACGACAACCCCAAGGGAUGGGGCAAUCGCAUGAACCGGGGAUGA